GAAUGAACUAAUAAAAUGUCUCUGUUUUGUUGUGUCCAGCUGUGGUGCACUUAUUUUGCCCCUGAGGACAUCCCUGUGUGUCUGAAUAAAUCUCUCAGUGACCUGCAACUGGAUUACAUAGACCUGUACCUGGUGCACUUCCCUGUAGGACUACAGAAAGUGGGUGACAAGGUCUUUCCAACGAAGGAUGGAAAAGCUCUCACAACAGACAUCGACUAUGUGGAUGUGUGGAAGGGGAUGGAAGCUCUGAAGGCUUCUGGAAAAGUGAAGAGUAUUGGAGUGUCCAACUUCUCUGUCUCACAACUUGAGAGGCUGCUGUCUGUGGCUAAAGUCCCUCCAGUUGUCAAUCAGGUAGAGCUUCAUCCUUACCUGGUUCAGUCUGAUCUGAUUGAAUACUGUAAGUCGAAGAAUAUUGCUCUCACAGCCUACUGUCCCUUUGGCUCACCAGACAAACCCAAAGAGAUGCACAGAGGACAAACAGAUUCUGAAAAGUUGCUGGAGGAUCCUGUGGUUGGGAAGAUUGCUGCCAAACACAGUCGGACUCCUGCGCAGGUUUUGCUCAGGUAUCACAUUGAACAGGACAUCGCAGUGAUUCCAAAGUGUAUUAAUUCCGUCCAGAUUAUGGAAAACAAAAAGAUCUUUGACUUCUCUCUGGAUGAGGAGGAUAUGAGAACACUCAGGUCUCUGAAUCGUGGCUGGAGAGCUGCUCCCUUUAACGAGAUGAAGACUCAUCGUUUCUACCCUUUUAAGUGAAAUGUAGUUAGUGGC